AUGGGCUGCCAUCACAUUUAUGAAAUAUCACAAAUGGAUGAUUAUUUGGCAGCGAACUUGGCGGAAAGUUGGACCGUGACGAUGAAAGGCCGACAUUUUUCAAGUGUCGCGUGUGACUAUGCAAUUGAGUCCACUCAGAACAAGGACUUUAAAGGUCCGGCUGGUCUCAGUGGGCACAUGGAUGCCGAUCUUCGUUUGGCAUGGUGUCUCUCUUCCUCUUGGUGCGCGCAAGUUUUGACUGUGGUCAACGAGUUAGCCAACGUGAAACAUACAAAUGAUCCACAUGUUCAAGCCACUGUCUCUAAAAUAAUAACUGACAAUAACGAUUUACUCAAAUUGAUCAAUCUAUUGAAAACUGACAACCCAUUUCGAUCGACAAGUACAGAUUUUCAUAAAUUGCUGAGUGGAGCCAAAUUGCCGUUUGAGAUUGUCGAAGAAUUGUGUGGUGCCUCAGCAAAAUUUGUCACGACAGCGAACAACUUCAUCAAAGAACACUUAAUUGAGAAAAGAACGUCAAUAUUCACCACCAUCAAUAAAGGAAAUGUUCGACUAUUGACGAUGACGCUUGCUCCCGAAAAACCACUAACAAACGCAAGCAACAUGCAAAAACAAUUCAGAGCGUUAAUGUAUUGCUCGUUAUUUCGUCCAACUAUCAAAUUAGAAACAUAA